AGAAACUUUAAAAUUUUUUUGAACCUGUAAUUUAUUAUUGAAAUAAUUUGAACCGAUAAGUUUUUUCCCGUAUAAUUUUUUUCUUUAAUUUGGGCAACGAUGAAUUUUAAAAAUUCCCAAUGGCCAUUUUAAUUUGAAUUAUCUACUGUCUGGGGGUUAAUAUUGUUUUAUUUAUUUUAUAGUUAUUGACGAUUAAGUUUUAGAAAUUCUGUUUCAGAUAUUUUUUGAACAAGUUAAAUGAAAAUUUGUAAAUGGUGAUCAAUGCCUGGUCUCAAUAUUGCGAGCAGUUCAUCCUGUAGUUACAAGACAGCGAGAGAGGUUUUAAGCUGUUCUGAUUCUCCAGAUAAAUCCUUGACCGACAUCAUGGAGAAUAACGUAGAACAUGAUGAUACUGAUGCGAAGAGAAUUCAGGAGGUUCGUGAGUUGUUGACAACUGUUUCUGCAGGCAGAGAAUAUAAUCUUUAUUUCGUACAGAGUGUGAGGGAUGAUGUUCACUGGGUGUGUAUGCUCUCACCUCACACACAGAAGAUUCAAAGUCUGAUUCAUAAUAGUGUAAGAAGACAGAUGAGUAAAGAGGAUCUACAGAAAGUUCAAGUCGGUGACAACGUGAUUGCGAGGUGGUCGGAUUUUUGUUUAUAUCGUGGAAGAAUAGAGAAAAUAAUGAGUUCAGAUAAAUUCAGGGUUCGCUUCCUUGAUUUCGGAAAUAUGGAUUCUGUUACCGGCUCGGCGCUUUAUUUCCACAUUCAAGCAUUGGAUUCAAUUCCUUAUCAGGCCUUCACUUGUAAAUUUUCUGAUAAGAGGAGGAAGAAGAAGAAGUUCUUUGACAAAUGGAAGAUUCAAGACUGUCUCUGCUAUAUUGAUUCCCUGGACUGGGACCAGAUUCCGAAUGCACAGGAACAGCUUUUUUUUUAGAAAACUUCUCUUUGCUUUACUCAAGGGCGGAAAAAAUUUAAUAAGUAUCACCUCAGGGGACGACUGGAAGCGUAACUUCAAAUGAUGCUUCAUGAAAAAAUAGGAAUUCCCGAUUUACUGCGGUAAAAUACACUUAAACCUUUAUCUGAAGGAUCAGUAACGUAGAAGAUAUUUUAGUUUUUCUAGUUUUGAAGUGUCCAGUAAUCUUCGGACUGAAUGCUAAGAAAAGUCGUAUUGUUUGUAACAAACAUUUAAAAUAGUUUUAUAUUCCCCAAAGAUGCCACUUGGUUGCUCAAUAUAGAACCCAAAAAUCGAUAAA